AUGAUCAUGUAUGUGAAGAAAGAUACAGGCAUCAUUAAUCAAAUUGCUAAAAACACCAUCUUUUGCGAACCUGCGUUUCGAAGACUAGAGAUGAGCUUUGGUGAAAGAUUAUGUUCAGCUCGAAGGCAUCACUUUUAUUCGUGUGCCUUGGAGUCACAAGCUUUUGCCAGUUGCUCCUCUGCUCGCGACCAAGCGACUAGGAGUCUGAGAGCUGCAGCAGCGGCAGCUCCACCAGCGGCGGCGACCACCCCACCCCUUCUUUCCUCGGGCACUCCUACCGCACUCAUUGGGACCGGGUCGUCUUGUCCGGGAGCCAUGUGGCUCUCCGCGGCCACUGGCUCCCGGUCAGACUCGGAGUCGGAGGAGGAGGACCUCCCCGUCGGCGACGAAGUCUGCAAACGCGGCUACCUGCGGAAGCAGAAGCAUGGGCACAGGCGCUACUUCGUGCUUAAAGUCGAGACCGCCGACGCCCCGGCUCGGCUGGAAUACUACGAAAACGCCAGGAAGUUCCGGCACAGUGUCCGCGCCGCAGCCGCUGCAGCUGCAGCUGCAGCCUCCGGCGCCGCGGUGCCCGCGCUCAUCCCGCCGCGACGCGUGAUCACUCUGUACCAGUGCUUCUCCGUGAGCCAACGAGCCGACGCAAGGUAUAGACACCUCAUUGCUCUUUUCACACAGGACGAGUACUUCGCCAUGGUGGCCGAGAACGAGUCGGAGCAGGAAAGCUGGUACUUGCUGCUCAGCCGCCUCAUCCUCGAGAGCAAGCGCCGCCGCUGCGGCACGCCCGGCGCGCAGCCCGACCGAGAGGGGGCCGCGCUGGCGGCGGCAGCGGCGGCGGAGCCACCUUUCUACAAAGAUGUGUGGCAGGUAGUAGUCAAACCCAGGGGGCUGGGGCACAGAAAGGAGCUGAGCGGCGUGUUCCGGCUUUGCCUGACCGACGAGGAGGUCGUGUUUGUGAGGCUAAACACCGAAGUAGCCAGCGUGGUCGUGCAGCUCCUGAGCAUCCGUCGCUGCGGGCACUCGGAGCAGUAUUUCUUUUUGGAAGUCGGCAGGUCCACCGUCAUCGGUCCGGGGGAGCUGUGGAUGCAGGUUGAUGACUGUGUGGUAGCCCAAAACAUGCAUGAACUGUUUUUGGAGAAGAUGAGGGCCUUGUGUGCAGAUGAAUAUAGAGCCCGCUGCCGCAGCUACAACAUCAACGACGGCACCCACCUGUUAACUCUGCUGUCCGCUAGGAGGCACCUGGACUUGCUACCCUUCCAGCCGGGCGGCUGGCUCAGAAGGUCCCGCUUUGAGUUUUGCCACCCGGGGGCCCUCGGUGAUGAGGAACACGAGAUGCUUCUCACCAGGCGCUUCGUAUCCGCCAGCGAACCUCUACCCCUUUCCAGGCGAGGAAGACACCACCUGCCCAGGAUGCGUAGGUCCAGGAGAGCGAUGUCGGUGCCAGCCAGCUGUUUUCGUUACUUAGCACCCAACCCCAUGCUUGCCCCCGCAGAAGCCCCCAAAGAUGGAGCUUGCCUGUCUUCUGAAGCAUCUGGUUCUGGUAACUCUGGGGAGGAAGGCAGUCCUCGGGGCAAUGAUAGUCAGGAAGGAAAUGGAGGGGACUACAUGCCCAUGAACAAUUGGGGCUCAGGAAAUGGCCGGGGCUCAGGAGGUGGUCAGGGCUCAAGUGGCCAGGGCUCCAGUAGCCAGGGCUCGGGAGGAAGCCAGUACUCCGGUGGGGGACAGGGCUCUGGAGGGGGCCAGAGCUCAAGUGGUGGCCAGGGUGCAGGAGGAAACCAGGGCUCAGGAAGUGGCCAGGGCUCAGGCAGUGGCCAGGGGGCUGGAGGUGGCCAGGGCUCAGGCGGUGGCCAGGGGUCUGGAGGUGGCCAUGGCUCAGGUGGUGGCAAGGACUCUGGAGGGGGCAAGGGCUCGGGAAGUGAGAAAGGCUCAGAUGGCAGUGAUGAACGUGGAAAAUCUCUGAAGAAAAGAUCCUGCUUUGGCAAAUUAACCCAGAGCAAGCAACAGCAGAUGCCACCCCCCCCACCUCCACCCCCUCCACCUGGAGCAACUAGUGGUAAAGUGAAAUCUGGGGGCAGGUUCCGACUUUAUUUUUGUGCUGACAGAGGAGUGACAAAAGAGCGCAAAGAGUCGAAGGAUGUUAAAGAGGCAGAGGCCCCAGAGGGUGCAGCUUGGUGUCCCCACAGAGCCAGAGCUUUUGACGAAGAUGAAGAUGACCCAUACGUGCCAAUGAGACCAGGGGUUGCUGCUCCACUCGCAAGCUCCAGCGAUUAUAUGCCAAUGGCUCCUCAAAAUGUCUCUGCCUCCAAUAAGCGUCACUCUCGAUCACCUUUUGAAGAUUCAAGAGGGUACAUGAUGAUGUUUCCCAGAGUCAGCCCACCACCUGCACCAAGUCCCCCCAAAACACCUGAUCCUGAUAAAGAGGAUGACUCCAAGGACAAUGAUAGUGACAGUGACUACAUGUUUAUGGCUCCUGGAGCUGGUGCAAUUCCAAAAAACCCCAGAAAUCCUCAGGGCGGCUCUUCCUCCAAAAGUUGGAGCUCCUACUUUUCUCUGCCAAACCCUUUUCGGAGCUCCCCCUUGGGACAGAGUGAGCACAGUGAGUAUGUCCCAAUGUUACCUGGAAAGUUCCUGGGGAGGGGCCCAGACAAAGAAGCCUCAUCUAACUGGGGCCCCAAAAAUGCACCUUCAAAGCCUUCAGUCCAGGGGUCUUUCUCCAAGCCUGGAAAUGGGAGGUCCCCCUCAAAGCCCACAGAUGAUGACAGGCCCCCAAAGAACAAGGCAAAGAGACCUAACAGACUUUUUUUCAUUACAAAAGGAAAUAAAAUCAAGCCAAACCCACAAAAGCCCAGAUAUGAGCAGAGAGAAGCUGACCGCUCUAGUGACUACAUCAACAUGGACUUCACUAAGAGAGGGGGCAAUAUACCACUUCCCUCUACUCAAGGACUGCCAGAUUCAUGGGGCAUAAUGGCUGACCCCAGACAGUCAGCCUUUUCUCCUUAUGUGAAUGUUCAGUUCAGAGUGCCAUUUCUAAAUCCAGCAAACGACCUCUCGAAUCUUGUAAUUGUUCCAGGUGCCAAUCCCCCAUCUCUGGUCGGUGCUAGGUGGCCACUUUUUCCUCUUCCUCCCAGUGCUACAGGUGGCAACGCUAAUGAGGAAGAGGAUGAGUACAUUGAAGUGAUUUUCAACCCAGCAAUGACACCAGCAGUGCCUUUUGCUGACAGUGCCAUUCGCUAUGAUGCUGAAACAGGUCGAAUCUACGUGGUCGACCCAUUUUCUGAGUGCUGUAUGGACAUUUCUCUCUCCCCCACCCGAUGCUCUGAACCACCACCUGUAGCUAGGUUGCUACAGGAAGAGGAGCAAGAGAGAAGACGCUCCCCAAGGCAAUCGCAAAGUUUCUUUGCAGCCGCCAGAGCCGCUGUCUCCGCCUUUCCAACUGACGUCCUCGAGAGAAAUCUUUCUCUCUUUUCAGCCCCGGCCGCCGCCGAAGCAGCCGUGGCCCCAACCUUAGUGGUAGGUCGGGCUUUAGCCUCGGCCUCCGCCCUGGCUGCUGCCCCAGGCAUCGGAGCUGCAGCGGCCCGCUUCGAAGCCGCUGCUGGAUUUGACUCCGCCUCCGUCCGCUGGUUUCUACCUGUUGCUAAUGCCGCCGCCGCCGCCGCCGCCGCCGCCGCCGCCGCCGCCGCUGCUGAAGCAGGAAGGGGGUUGCAAAACAUCGCCGAUGGCUCCAAUCCCGAAGCCCCCAACCCAUCUGCGGACCCUGCCAGAGGUGAGAACGAGGUUAGAGGUGCUGCCGCUCCCCUGCCACCACCUCGCCGUCGUCCAGUGCCAAGACCCCCGCAGCGAGAAGAUUCUGAAGACGAUGAGGACGACAUUUACGUGAGAAUGGACUUUGCCAGACCUGACAACCAGAAGUUCGACUCUCCCAGAAGAGGUUGGUAA